GUGUUGCUGCCCUGUGUGUGUUGCAUCCUGCCCACGUGGUAGGGUGUCUCCCCCCCUCCCCCCUCCAUUUUUUGCAGCUGGUGAGGAGGGAGGUUUACGCGGUGGUUUUUCCUCUCUGAUUUCCUCCCGUGGCGUGGAAGGUGUUAGGGUCAGUUUGCUUUGCUGAGGCCGACUGUUGGUUAGCUGGGAGAAAGCAAGAGUUGUACUCUCGGAAAUUGACAGCAGUAGGGGACAUGACAGGGCUUAGUUUUCCGAGACGUCUUUCCUCCUCUCCAUUUAGCUGUUCUUGUUCUUUUCUCUGUUGCUCCAUCUAAAAGAGUGGGCUCUAGCUGCUGAUGCAUUGAGGUGUAUAGUUUUCACUUCUCCGUUCUACUUUGUGUGUGUGCGUGUGCGUGUGUGCGCGCGCGUGUUUGGCUGGCAAAGGUGUCCCUUUUCUGUGUUGUGCAGUUCAGUUGGAUUCCUGAAUGAGCUGCGUUGGGCUGGCCAGGGAGUUAGAGGUUGGUGGGCAUCUUGGCUUUUCCUGACAUUCAGUUUAUUUUUUCCUUCUAUUUUGCUUCCCACUGGAACGAGUGCAUGUCAUGAAAGUAUUCCAUCCAUUGCUCUUUACUUGCAAGGGGGUACUAGAUAGUUUUCACUGAGUCACAUAUUUCGUGGGAGCUCUUUUAUUUCACUUUUCUUUUCGUUCUGUUGAGUACCUUUGCGCUGCUUUGUAUUUUGAAACUGGUUUUGAAACAUGUGUUUUGGGUAGUUUUUUUUAAUGUCUCUUCCAGGUUAAAGGUUUCCAUCUUCCUGUGUUUUGCUCUUGUGUGACCACAGAUUGCUCCCGGUAGCUAGAGUAGCAGUGAGAGAAGCCUUUUAUUCCUCCCAGACCAUAGCAAAUAUUUGUGGAAAAGCAGUAACUCCCUUCAUAUUUCUGUUUUGGUGGCAUAUAUAGAUGUGAUUGACUUUUUUAGUUUUUUUGGUGGUUUUUUUUUUUUUUUUUUAAUGUACACCUGAGGAUUUGUUUUUUCUUUUUGUGUCUCUCGGAGUUGAGGUGAAUCUUGUUCUUGAUUUUUUUGUGAUACCGGGGACUUUGUCAUGCUUUCAUUAGGUAGUUUUUGGAUGGAGUCAGGACAUGUUUAUUUUGGCUCUCUUUGGUUCAUUAGUUUGGGUGAAAUAAAAUCUUAAUAUUUUGAAGUCACUUUUCAGAUUCCAAGAUGGCUGGCACUGUCACUUUUUCUUGAUUUGUUCUUUUGCAUUGUGUGUUCUCUUUGAAUAUAUUUUCCUUUUAUGUGGUACAACUGUUAGUGUAUUCUCCUGUGCAAAAUAAAAAUAAAUACAGAUUCUAUCUGCUUUCAUCAUGCUAAGUUUGGGUGGGGCAGUGGAAAAUAGAGACUGUUUUUCUGAUGCAUUCGGAAACAGAGUUUUUUAGUAAGUCAGUCAGCAUUUGUGUACUUCGGCAAAAUACUGUGCCGUGUGCGAAGUAGUCUGUGUGAAGAGACUCAAGGAAUAAAAUAUGUGGUCUCUACAAAUGCUUCAACUUCUUUGGGGAAACAGCAUGUAAGACGUCAUUCAUAAUUAUCAAGCAUCAUCAAACGCCUGGUUGGAAUAGCAGUGCAACCAACGUUCAAGAUUCUCUUUGUGGCCAGAUGGGUUUGUAUGGACAAGCUUGUCCAUCUGUAACUUCAUUAAGGAUGACAUCUGAACUGGAGAGCAGCCUAACAUCUAUGGACUGGUUACCACAGCUCACCAUGAGAGCAGCCAUCCAAAAAUCUGAUGCUACACAAAAUGCACAUGGAACAGGAAUUUCCAAGAAGAAUGCCCUCCUUGACCCAAAUACAACACUGGACCAGGAAGAAGUCCAACAGCACAAAGAUGGGAAACCUCCAUACAGUUAUGCCAGCCUCAUUACAUUUGCAAUUAAUAGUUCACCCAAAAAGAAAAUGACUCUAAGUGAGAUUUACCAGUGGAUUUGUGAUAACUUCCCAUAUUAUAGAGAGGCUGGCAGUGGUUGGAAGAACUCCAUACGACAUAAUCUGUCACUGAACAAGUGUUUCCUUAAAGUGCCUCGAUCAAAGGAUGACCCCGGAAAGGGGUCCUACUGGGCAAUAGACACCAAUCCGAAGGAAGAUGCACUGCCUACUCGGCCAAAGAAGAGAGCACGAUCUGUAGAACGGGCCUCAACUCCAUAUAGCAUAGAUUCAGAUUCUUUGGGAAUGGAGUGUAUUAUUUCGGGAAGUGCCUCUCCAACUCUGGCAAUCAACACUGUGACUAACAAAGUAACAUUGUACAACACUGAUCAGGAUGGUAGUGAUAGCCCACGCAGUAGCCUUAACAACAGUCUCUCAGAUCAGAGUUUGGCAUCUGUUAAUUUGAACAGUGUUGGAAGUGUGCAUAAUUAUACACCGGUGACAAACCAUCCAGAACCGGUCUCUCAGUCAUUAACUCCUCAACAGCAGCCACAGUACAACCUUCCCGAACGAGACAAACAACUACUUUUCUCAGAGUAUAAUUUUGAAGAUCUCAGUGCCUCAUUUCGGAGCCUUUAUAAGUCAGUUUUUGAGCAGUCACUUAGUCAACAAGGUUUGAUGACCAUCCCUUCCGAAUCUUCCCAGCAGUCCCACACCUCGUGUCCAUAUCAGCACUCUCCUAGCAACACAGUGAGCUCUCAUCCACACAACAACCAGAGCAACCUGUCCAACAAUCAUGGCAGUGGCCUCAGCACCACGGGCAGUAAUUCAGUCGCACAGGUCUCACUGCCUCACUCCCAGAUGCAUACACAGCCGUCUCCACACCCAUCCCAUCGACCACAUGGUUUACCACAGCAUCCACAGCGUCCCCAGCACCCGGCAUCGCACCCGCAGCAACACAGCCAGCUCCAGCCCCCUCACCCCCAGCACCCCUCUCCACAUCAACACGUACAGCACCAUCCGAACCAUCAACAUCAGCCGUUAACACAUCAGGCGCCGCCACCCCCACAACAGGUAUCCUGUAAUUCUGGUGUUUCGAAUGAUUGGUAUGCAACACUUGAUAUGCUAAAAGAAAGUUGUCGAAUUGCCAGCAGUGUUAAUUGGUCAGAUGUAGACCUUUCACAGUUCCAAGGUUUGAUGGAGAGUAUGAGACAGGCAGAUCUCAAGAACUGGUCUUUGGAUCAGGUUCAGUUUGCUGAUCUCUGUUCUUCUCUUAACCAAUUCUUUACACAAACUGGCCUUAUCCACUCACAGAGUAAUGUUCAGCAAAAUGUCUGUCAUGGUGCCAUGCAUCCAGCAAAACCUUCCCAACACAUUGGAACAGGAAAUUUGUACAUAGACUCCAGGCAAAAUCUCCCUCCUUCAGUGAUGCCGCCUCCUGGUUACCCUCACAUCCCACAGGCACUCAGCACUCCAGGAACGACUAUUGCAGGCCAUCACGGAGCCAUGAACCAGCAGCACAUGAUGCCUUCCCAAGCCUUCCAGAUGCGGCGCUCUCUGCCUCCAGAUGAUAUCCAGGAUGACUUUGAUUGGGAUUCAAUUGUGUAGAGCUUGUUUCUGCAAAGGCACCAGACUCCAGCAUCACCUUUCUGUACAGUGAAGGGAAAGGUUUCAGAGAAUCCAGUCGAGAAAACAAAGUUGCUAAUCACUUUACUGAUGUUAUCAAAAUUUCUUUUGAAGACAAUCAAAAAGAUUUUAGCUGGAUAAAUUACUGCUUUUAUCUGACCCAAACAAGUACUACAUGUUUGUCUCCCUGCCAGCUGCCCUAUGUAGCUCCUAACUGUUGUGUGAUUUGAACGGCUUUUGCAUAUUUGUGUCAGUUCGAUGUUGACCACAAGUGCCAGACUGAUUUUUCAGACAGAGCCUAUUUUGCUGCAAGCAGUUUAUAGAUACAUAUGUGUAAAUAUAUGUACAAAAAUUACUGAAAGGCUUCAGUUUUUCUAAUUGGAUUAUUACGUCUUGGAAAGAAAGUUAACUGUGAGUUUUUAUUCCUCGUUAGGCUAUUUUCUGCAGGAUGCUUUUAACUGAUGUAGGCAACUGAAAGGAAAUGGAUUUUUUCAAAGCCCAGUUCCCCUCAUUUAAUGUUUUUCAGAAACAUGGGCAUUGAGUUCUACUUAGUAAGGACCCAGAGUUUGAUGCUUUCCAAACAGUCCAGAGGGGCAUGUUGUUCCUGAGCAGCAUAAAGAACUGACCAAAUUUGUUCUGAUGCUUGGGGGGAUUGUAGAGUUUAUGUUGUACCUUUUCCAUGUCUGUUUCCCUAAAUCUGCAUUAUAACAGUUCUAAAAUUUCUUUGAUCGAUUAGCAGCUGGGCAUAUUGCUCAGCUCUUUAACAAAAUCAUUGCCUCCAUAUUCAGUCUUGUAUUUAUUAUUCAGAAGUGUUAUUUUAAUAUUUAUUGCUACCUUCUGUGAAUGCUCAGCUCCUAUUGGGUUCAUUAAGGAGAAGUGCGGUGUCUGAAAGCACAGAAUUGUUUUUCUUAAGAGUUUACAGACAAGACAAUCAGAAAGAUUGUGUCAUUCUCUUUGUCGGCACUCCUUUUACCGUGAGAGUGCAGGUCUCUGUCUUAGCAUUCCUGCUGAUUGAGACUUACUAGCUAAAUAGAAUUUUUCUGGAAUUUGAAUCAGAGUUCAUUUGGGCAGUAGAACAGCAGGGCACUGUUUAUAAAGCAGGUUUCCUCACUCAUUCUCUUUCCACUUAGGCACUGAAAGGAGGGUAGAGCCACACAUAGAUUUUAUUUGCCUCAGUCUUCAGUGCAGAUGUCAUUAAGUGGUUUGCUGUUUCUGUUGUCCUUUGUGUCUGUGUAUGCAUGACAUUUGGUUACUUUCCUUGAAAUGCAGCCUGCCUCUUUGAGGUUUUUAUUAGUUGUUUUUUUUGUUUUGUUUUGUUUCAUAUCAUAUCAUAGUUACUUUGCAUGGAUUGAUUGUCUUAGUUUUAUAAUAAAAGUAACAAAUUAGAUUUUUUUUUAAUGAAUAGAUUUUUAAUUGGUUCUUUAGACCAUAAAGAGGUGGAAUUUCUUUCAGUUAUGAUGGGGGAAUGAUCUGUUCCAUCAAAUCAAGGGGUAAUCACUGCUCACUGGUUGCUUUUCAGCAUCUCUAGUCUCUACAGCCAUGCUUACUAAAUCACUCCAGUUAGCCUUAGUGAUUUUGUGGUUGAGUGUCCUCUGCUGGGACUAGACAGACAUCUUUGUUUCUGUAUGUGUGUAUGUGAGAGUGUUUGUCACUGUGUGUGGCUAUUUUGUUUUAAUGGAGUGUUGCCUUUGACGAAUCACUGGGAGGCCAGCCACGGUAAAAGGCUGAUGAGGUUGGGGAGAAAGGAAGGGCUUUUAUGUUCCUGUUGUUUGGACCUUGCUUGGCAUGAAAAAUGAAGUUCGGUUCCAGCCCCUUGGCUCGGUGAAAAUCGGAGGAUUCUGGCAAGGCAGCCAACAGGCCCCUCUUACGUGGAUCGGAGGCAAGAUGAGAUAGCAGCCUGCAGAGCAAACACUUGGAAAAAUGGGGGUGAUUUUCAAUAGUCUGCUCAAGUCACUGUUUUCUAGAUACCACAAAAGCUGUUUUGAAACUUUAAAUUGCUUGGGUAGCAAUGUGCACUUUAAACAAUUUGGGUAUUGGAAUGCAGUCUUACAUUGAAUGAUUUGAGUAGAAACCACUGAUGAAGAUUUUACAAAUUGUGUGAAGCUGAUUUCCCAUUUGGCAAUCAUUUACUGAUUUGCAGUGAUCAAUAUUUUUAUGAGAAUUUAAACCUAACCACACAUGUCCCUGGAGGCAGAGCCUCCACUCGGACCCAUCCCACCCUUGUGACUCAGGUGGCCCUGGAGCCCAGGACAGGCCUUCGUGGGGGGCGCCAGACAGCCGGAGUUACCUGGUGAGGUGCAGCGCAUCCCCUCUGGUGGCUGUUUCUGUUGCUAGUUGUCAGUGCAGAACAAGCUCUGUCUUGGGUUUAAAUUGACCGAAGACUCUUGGGGAAAAGAAUAAUAAAUGCAUAUAAUCAGAUGGGGGCACUCUGUCCAGGAGAAUAAUCCGACUGGCAUUUGUGGCAGUUUUUGAAAUGUAAACGUAUUCAUGUGUGUUCUUGUAAAUACAUGUCUCUCAGAUGUCCUUUGAAGUGGGAGGGAAUCAAUCCGGGGAUUAUUUCAAAUGGAAUAGAGUAUUUUGAUAUUGUUCAUUCAGAGGGUGAUGUGUACAUAUCUAUAUUGUAUAUAUGUGAUGAAAAUGCAUUGGCUUUUUGUGCAAACACAAUCUGCUCUCUGUACUGCUGUUGGACAGUCAGUGUUUUAAUGUUUCUACAGUUUUGCUAUUGCACGAUUUCAUAUUUUGCCUCUAUGAUGAACGGCACCCAUUCUUUGUAACUGUUUAGUGCUGUAAAGAAAUAUCCCAAGUGUCAUUAGGAUUGUUGCUGCCAGACUGAUAUGCAUGAAUGGCACUUAAAAUAAAUAUAUUAUGUUAACUCUA